AUGAGUUUUACAGAAAAUUCACAACUAUGUUAUGAGUUAGGAUACUCAUUCAAAUCAAAGGAUUAUUCUCGCGCGUUAGCUCUUAACAAAGAUAAUUCAAUCCUUAUAGUUGGAUCAGAAAGCUUAAUUACAAUAUAUUAAUUUAAAAAAGGAGUUAUUAAAGAGAUUGGAAGAGUUCGAAAGCAUUUGAACUCAAUAAAUGUCCUAAAUUUUUUUCGUAAUCAAAAUUGCUUUUUAUCAGGCUGUAGCAAUUCGAAUAUCUACUAUUGGUCCAAUAUUUAAUGUUCAUCAAAAAAAUUUAUUCAGAAACUGUACCAGCAUUCUGAAUGUAUUAAUUGCAUAAUAUUAAAUUAUCCUUUUGAAGAUCUCAUUAUCUCUUGUAGUGAUGAUUAGAAGAUUAAAUUUUGGGAGCGGUCAAUCUCUAAUUCUUGGGUUUGUAAAUAAACUAUAUAAGAGCAUACUACCUCUGUUAAUACAUUAUCAAUUAAUCAUGAAGGAAAUACGGUAAUUUCUUGUGGAGAUGAUUUUCAAAUCCUAGUUAUUGAAUAUCUUCCUUCUCAAAAAAGAUGGUAGGUUUAAUAGAAAAUCUAAGUUGAAAAAGAGAGUUAUAGAAUAACAUUUAUUAAUAAUAAUCUCUUCAUACUUUAGCCAUUGCAAGAAUCUUCUUUAUUUAUUUAUGAAAGAAAUAAUAAGGGAAUAAAAUCAGAAUUUAAGAAAACCAACUAGAUUUCUGUGAGAGGAGCUUAAUAAAUAUGUAAACCUUUUUUCCCUUCAGUUUAUAAUCCUAAAAAAAAUCUUCUUAUUUGUAAGAAUGGUUAUUGCUUGAAUAUACUGAGUUUAAAUUAAAUUAACUAACAAGUACAACAAUUUAAACUAGAAUAAGUGAUAGAUUGUGGAACAUAAAGUUAUGGACGUAUUUUUGGAACUGUAAGUGAUGAUGGGGAAUUUAUAGUUAUUUGGAGUUAUGCAUAAAAAGAGAUUCAAGUUUGGGCUUGCACAAAUAAAGAGUGACC